AUGUUUGGACGACUGGCUGCUUUGAUUCUUUUUGGUACAAAGGCUCUGAUUCUAACAGCAGAGGUUCCUCAGCUGAUCUCUCUGACUGCAGUGGAACGCGGCAACAACAUUAGUUUGAAAUGUCUCGUCUCUGAAGACAGAUUCUUUUAUUGGUAUAAACAGUCUUUUGGACAUGUGUUGCAAACAGUUGCUUCAAGUAUAUUACACAGGACUGAAGUCAAUGAUUCACGUUUCACACUCACAAGAGUGGAUGAUCGGUAUCUUCUUAACAUCAGUAAUGUCAGCAAAGAGGAUGAAGCAACAUACUUCUGUCAGAAUGGAAGAAGUUAUCAACAGACUUUCAUCGGUGGCACUUUCUUGGCUGUGAACGAUCAGGAUCAGCAGAAACAUUACAGUGUGAAACAAAGUCCAGAGACUGCGUCAGUCAGACCAGGAGCCUCAGUGAUCCUCCAGUGUUUACUUCUCUCCAGGCACAAAGAAAACCUGGUCCAGUGUCCAGAUGAAACCAAAGUUAAGACGAGAUCAGAACUGGACCCACUUGUCCUUGUGCUGGCGGUGCUGUUGGUCUGCUGUGUGACCGUGAUUGUCGUCAUUAGUGUCAAAGUAAAUCAAACAGUUUGCAAACAUUGUAAAGGCACCAUGAGGACUUUCCAUCACAAAGGACAUGGCAGGUCGAGUCAGGAUCAAUCAAAUAAUUGGGAAGGUGAAGCAGAGGAAUUAACCUAUGUAGCACCGACUUUCUUUGAAAGGAAAGCAAGAGUGGAGGAGAAGAGAGAGUCACCACAUCAGUGCUUGUACUCUUCUGUAAAGCGCAGCUGAGCGCAUCACCACAUCCAGCAACAUCCCUCUUUAUCGGUGUAGCAGGGCCUGUGCCAUUGGGUUUGUUAACAAACUCCAUAUUUUUAAGGGUAGCGACCAAAUUACACCGGUGAGUAUGUAUACGUGAGUGACACCUGGAGCAAACCGGCUUCUCAACGUCUACAGAACCGCGGCAACACGGAACGGCUGCC